AUGUGCCAUGACAGACGAACGAAUGCAGAAAAAAAACUAUUAUUUUUAUUUCAGGCUGCGAUACUUCAGCAGACUGCCGAAUAUAUAUACCAGCUGGAACAAGAAAAGACCCAACUGUUGUCACAGAAUUGUCAAUUGAAACGACUGGUGAACCAGCACGAGGGUGGCGAUGUUCCGAUCAAGAAACGCAAACCGGAUAAUCAAGGAGGUGUGGUGGUUAGUCUGCCGAUGCACGUUAGCGAGAGCGGUGACGAAGGUUUGGGCAGCAUGUCCCCUGAACCAUUGUCGGUAAUAACGGUAACCACGGAGGGACAUUCCGUGGUGAACAACGAGGUGGUAGAGCUGAGGCGACAGUUAGAGAGGGAACGUCACGCGAGGUUGCGUCUAGAGAAGCAAAUGAGAGUUAUACAGAAUCAACUGUAUCCGGAGAGAUUUAGAGAUAAUCAGCUAAUCACUUACCAACCGCACGAGGUGAUCGAACACACGGACAACGUGAUCGCUCAAGAAACGGAGGAUGCGGUGGCCGCGCUUCAGGUAGUUUCCGUGGUGUCUUUGGCACAGGUUGGCACGACGCAGACCGUGGAAACGUCUAGUCCGGAUCCAAGUUCACCGCCCCUGUCUCCACAGCCCGCGGACAUGGUACCAGAGGAGAUCAAGGAGGAGGAGUCAGGCCCGGGCUCGCCAAAGAUCGUGACGUUCGGCCAGAACCAGGUGUUCUCGGCGAUCGACGAGCAGACUACCGGCGACUCGUUCUCCUCCUCGAGUCGUGUCACGUACACCACGAGUACGGGGGAGUUCAAGAACGCGUCACCUCAGUACAUCACCACCAGCCCCACCAGACCGUUCUCACCGGCAGCGGAACCGCAGCGGCUGCCCAGCAUCCUCGAGGCCGCGAUGAAAGCGGAGCCGAAGGUCGAAGUCGAGAGGUUGCCGUCUCCAUCGAACUCGUUGGACGACGGUUCCCCACAGGCGAGACUCUAUCUGGCCAACACGUCCAGACAGAAUCUGGAAACGAUCGUGGAGGCGAUACGCCACCUCGAAGGAGACCAUCUGUUCAGCGACGAGCCGGCCCAGGAUGUGCCGUUGGCGUUGACCAACAAACAAACGGCCAUCGCGUCGAGCAAAACGUCGACGACGUCCGGCGCGUCGCCGGCUGCGUCCGCGAAGCAGCGACUUCUCCAGGCCGAGUUCCUCCAAUUCCACAGGCAACAGCAGACCCAACAGCGGCCGGGCGUGAUCGUGGUGAAGCAUUCGUGAUCGAAAGGCGCGUCGCGAUCGGCAAACUGAACGCGCGCGUCCGCCGCGGCAAACUCGCCUCCGCUCGAGAAUUAAACGAACAAUCGAAAAA